CGAGUAUAAAUUACAUCACCAUCACCAUCUCUUGCACCACUCCGGCUGUUCCCGCUCCGAACCGGCUUGUUUACUGUCCAGUUGCUAAGCAGGCUUUUUGACAACUCGAUCCUUCAGGGCCCUUUCCCACUUGUUUCUUUUUCUAAUUCAUCCAUUGGGUUUUCAAUUCCAGCGCAUUCAAUCCCCAGCCAAAUCAACAAAAGCCGUUUAUUAAUUUCUUUUUCACAAAUCACCGCUUACGAAAACAAUGGUUCUCCCUCGCCCUCAGGCUAUGCGCACGGUUGUCCGCAUGCUCGGAUAUACUACACGCUCAACAGCUCGUCAGACGACAAGGCAAUUCGGAAGAAGGGGCGUUUCGACUGCUACUCACCAGGCUAGUAAGAGCAGUGAUCUUCCAUGGUUUCUAGGAUCAGUCGGACUGGGAGGCCCGACUAUCUUCUACCUCUAUCAGUCGGGUCCUGAAAAGUCGGCCCAUACCGAACACCACCACGCUGCUGAGCACACGGAAGAGGCUGAGGAGAAGGAGCCCGAGCCCGAGCCCGAGCAGCCAGCCCCGGCUGAGGAACCCAAGGCUGAGGAGAAGGAACCCGAAGCUGAAAAGCCAGAGGCCGCGGAGGAAAAGUCUGAAAAGAAGAAGGAACCUGAGGCAAAGGAGGAGCCUGCAGCCACUGAAGAGCCCAAGGCCGAGGAGAAGAAGGAGCCCGAAGCCGAGAAGCCAGCUGCCGAGGAAAAGCCGUCAUCUGAAUCGGAGCAGCCUGCGCCUCAGAAAGAAUCCGAAGGAUCCGAAAAGAAGGAGGAUUCCGAAAACACCGACAAGAGCGAAAAGACCGAGGGAGAGACUGAAAAGGCCGAAUAAGCUUCUAAGCUGCCUGGCGAAGUCGAAGGCAUGCAUGAUGCAUGAUGUAGGAUUCG